UUUAGGCAGUAGGGAGUUUCUGCUGGGGUCUGGAUUGGAGAUACAAAGACCGGACCCUCCAUUGUAUGACUGGAGUCUAAAAACAGGAUUCCCCUUGCCUCAAAGAGUCUACAUGUCUAAUAUUUAGACAUGUUCAGCUUUGUGGAUAUUCGGUUAGCGCUGUUGCUCGCAGCAACAGUACUUCUGGCACGGGGUCAAGGCGAGGACGACCGCGCAGCCGGCAGCUGUACGUUGGACGGUCAGUUGUAUAACGAUAAAGAUGUGUGGAAACCUGAGCCCUGCCAGAUCUGCGUGUGCGACAGCGGCACCGUCAUGUGCGACGAGGUGAUCUGCGAGGACACAUCGGACUGCCCCAAUCCAGAAAUUCCCUUCGGCGAGUGCUGCCCCAUCUGCCCGGAUGGCGAGGUGUCUCAAGAACCUGCGGCUGAGGGACCCAAAGGAGAUCGUGGACCCAAAGGAGACAGGGGACUCCCUGGCCCCCCUGGCAAUGAUGGCAUUCCCGGCCAGCCUGGUCUCCCCGGACCCCCCGGCCCCCCUGGACCUCCUGGCCUUGGCGGAAACUUUUCUCCUCAAAUGGCUGGUGGCUACGAUGAGAAAUCUGGCGGCGGAAUGGCUGUUCCUGGCCCAAUGGGUCCCAUGGGUCCCCGUGGUCCACCUGGUCCCCCUGGAGCUUCUGGCCCUCAAGGAUUCACUGGACCCCCUGGUGAGCCUGGCGAGCCUGGUGCAGCUGGUCCUAUGGGUCCUCGAGGUCCCCCUGGCCCCCCUGGAAAGAACGGAGAUGAUGGUGAAUCUGGCAAGCCCGGCCGUCCUGGUGAGCGCGGUCCUUCCGGCCCUCAGGGUGCACGUGGAUUCCCAGGAACCCCCGGACUGCCUGGCAUCAAGGGACACAGAGGUUUCAGCGGUCUAGAUGGUGCCAAGGGUGACUCUGGUCCCGCUGGUCCCAAGGGCGAGCCUGGUGCACCUGGUGAGAACGGAACCCCUGGCGCAAUGGGCCCUCGUGGUCUGCCUGGUGAGAGAGGCCGCCCUGGACCCCCUGGCCCCGCUGGUGCUCGUGGCAACGAUGGUGCUGCUGGUGCUGCUGGACCUCCUGGACCUACUGGCCCUGCUGGUCCCCCUGGAUUCCCCGGUGGCCCUGGAGCUAAGGGAGAGGCUGGUGCUCAGGGAGCUCGUGGCGCUGAAGGACCUCAGGGAGCCCGUGGUGAGCCUGGCGCUCCUGGACCUGCUGGCGCUGCCGGCCCUGCUGGAAACCCUGGUUCUGAUGGUGCUCCCGGUGCUAAAGGCGGCCCUGGCGCUCCCGGUAUUGCUGGUGCCCCUGGCUUCCCUGGACCCCGUGGACCCCCCGGACCUCAGGGCCAGGCCGGUGCUCCUGGUGCCAAGGGCAACAACGGUGACAUGGGUGCUCCUGGAUCCAAGGGUGAGCCCGGAGCUAAAGGUGAACCUGGUCCCGUCGGAGUCCAGGGUCCCCCUGGCCCUGCUGGUGAGGAAGGAAAGAGAGGCGCCCGUGGUGAGCCUGGUGGUGCUGGACCCCCUGGACCUGCUGGCGAGCGUGGUGCCCCCGGAGGCCGUGGUUUCCCCGGUGCUGAUGGCGCUGCUGGUCCCAAGGGUGCCCCUGGUGAGCGUGGAGCCCCCGGCCCUGCUGGAGCCAAGGGAUCAACUGGUGAAGCUGGCCGUCCCGGUGAGCCUGGUAUGCCUGGUGCUAAGGGUCUGACUGGUAGCCCUGGCAGCCCUGGUCCCGAUGGCAAGACUGGUCCUGCUGGUCCUGCUGGUCAAGAUGGUCGCCCCGGCCCCCCUGGACCUUCUGGUGCAAGAGGUCAGCCUGGUGUUAUGGGAUUCCCCGGACCCAAGGGUGCUGCUGGUGAAGCUGGCAAGCCCGGUGAGAGAGGUGUUGCUGGUCCUCCUGGCGCAGUUGGUGCUCCUGGCAAAGAUGGUGAUGCUGGUGCCCCCGGUGCUCCUGGCCCUGCUGGUCCCGCUGGUGAGAGAGGUGAGCAAGGUCCUUCUGGUCCUCCUGGAUUCCAGGGUCUGCCUGGACCCCAAGGUGCCACUGGUGAGCCUGGCAAGGCUGGUGAACAGGGUGCUCCUGGUGAGGCUGGUGCUCCCGGUCCCUCUGGAUCAAGAGGCGAGAGAGGUUUCCCCGGUGAGCGUGGUGGUGUUGGACCCGCUGGACCUUCUGGCCCCCGUGGCUCUCCUGGCUCUCCUGGUAACGAUGGUGCCAAGGGUGAUGCUGGUGCCCCAGGUGCCCCUGGUGCUCAGGGACCCCCUGGUCUGCAGGGAAUGCCCGGUGAGCGUGGUGCUGCUGGUCUCCCAGGCCUGAAGGGUGACAGAGGUGAUGGUGGUCCCAAGGGUGCUGAUGGUGCCCCUGGCAAGGAUGGCAUCCGUGGUAUGGCUGGUCCCAUUGGACCCCCUGGUCCUCCUGGAGCUCAAGGUGACAAGGGUGAGGGUGGUGCUCCUGGCCCUGCUGGACCCUCUGGCGCCCGUGGUGCCCCUGGCGAGCGUGGUGAGACUGGUGCCCCCGGACCUGCUGGAUUCGCUGGACCUCCUGGUGCUGAUGGCCAGCCUGGUGCCAAGGGAGAGCCUGGUGAUAGUGGUGCUAAGGGUGAUGCUGGUGCUCCUGGCCCUGCUGGCCCUACUGGUGCUCCUGGACCUCAGGGUCCCGUUGGUGCUACUGGUCCCAAAGGUGCUCGUGGAGCUGCUGGUCCUCCUGGUGCUACUGGUUUCCCUGGCGCUGCUGGAAGAGUUGGACCCCCUGGCCCUGCUGGUAACAGCGGACCUCCCGGCCCCCCUGGCCCUGCUGGAAAGGAAGGACAGAAGGGUAACCGUGGUGACACUGGCCCUGCUGGUCGCCCUGGUGAGCCUGGCGCUGCUGGUCCCCCUGGCCCCGCUGGAGAGAAGGGAUCUCCUGGCUCUGAUGGUCCCUCUGGUGCUCCUGGUAUUCCUGGUCCUCAGGGUAUUGCUGGACAGCGUGGUAUUGUGGGUCUCCCUGGACAGAGAGGCGAGCGCGGUUUCCCUGGUCUCCCUGGACCUUCUGGAGAGCCUGGAAAGCAGGGACCUGGUGGCCCAUCUGGUGAGCGCGGUCCCCCUGGCCCCAUGGGACCCCCUGGCCUGUCUGGUGCUCCCGGUGAAGCUGGACGUGAGGGUGCUGCUGGUAACGAGGGUGCUCCUGGUCGCGAUGGUGCUCCUGGUCCUAAGGGUGACCGUGGUGAGUCUGGUGCUGCUGGUGCUCCUGGUGCCCCCGGUGCUCCUGGCGCUCCCGGCCCUGUUGGCCCUGCUGGCAAGACUGGUGAUCGUGGCGAGGCCGGACCUGCUGGUCCUGCUGGUCCCGCUGGCCCUGCUGGUGCUCGUGGUCCUGCUGGUGCUCAAGGUGCCCGUGGUGACAAGGGUGAGACUGGCGAAGCUGGUGAGAGAGGCAUGAAGGGACACAGAGGUUUCACUGGCCUGCAGGGUCUGCCCGGUCCCGCUGGACCUCCUGGAGAAGCUGGACCUGCUGGUGCUUCUGGCCCUGCUGGACCAAGAGGUCCCGCUGGCAGUGCUGGUUCCCCUGGUAAGGAUGGCGUGAGUGGUCUGCCCGGUCCCAUUGGCCCCCCUGGCCCCCGUGGUCGCACUGGUGAAUCUGGCCCUGCUGGUCCCCCUGGACCUCCUGGACCCCCCGGACCCCCCGGCCCCCCCGGAGGUGGAUUCGACUUCGGUUUCGUUGCCCAGCCCGCUCAGGAGAAGGCCCCCGAUCCCUUCCGUCACUACAGAGCCGAUGACGCUAAUGUGGUCCGCGACCGCGAUCUGGAGGUGGACUCCACCCUGAAGUCCCUGAGCCAGCAGAUCGAGAACAUCCGCAGCCCCGAGGGCACCAAGAAGAACCCCGCCCGCACCUGCAAGGACCUGAAGAUGUGCCACCCUGAAUGGAAGAGCGGAGAGUACUGGAUUGACCCCAACCAGGGCUGCACUCUUGAUGCCAUCAAGGUCCACUGCAACCUGGAGACUGGCGAGACCUGCGUCUACCCAACCACGGCCACCGCCCCCCAGAAGAGCUGGUACACAAGCAAGAACCCCAAGGACAAGAAGCACGUCUGGUUCGGCGAGGCAAUGAGCGAUGGCUUCCAGUUCGAAUAUGGCGGCGAGGGCUCCAACGCUGAUGAUGUCAACAUCCAGCUCACCUUCCUGCGCCUGAUGUCCACUGAAGCCUCCCAGAACAUCACCUACCACUGCAAGAACAGCAUCGCCUACAUGGACCAGGAGGCUGGCAACCUGAAGAAGGCCCUGCUCCUGCAAGGCUCCAACGAGAUCGAGAUCAGAGCUGAGGGCAACAGCCGCUUCACAUACAGCGUCAGCGAGGAUGGCUGCACGAGACACACUGGCUCAUGGGGCAAGACAGUCAUUGACUACAAGACAACGAAAACAUCCCGCCUCCCCAUCAUUGACUUGGCUCCUAUGGAUGUUGGUGCACCUGAUCAGGAAUUUGGCAUUGAAGUUGGCCCAGUCUGCUUCUUGUAAAAAAGAAAUCUGGACUUGAAUUUUUUUUUCUAGCAGUCAUCUCUCUAAACUCUUUUCUAUGCAUUAAAAAAAAAACUUAAGUUUCAUUCGGCCGCAAAAGGUCCACUUGCUUAAAACUACACUCCUGAAGACGGUGUUUGUGUGUUAUCGAUUUUUUUUCAAAAAAAUCAUGGGACCACUACUUUUACCGACACCUACAUCAAGGACACUUUUUAAAAAAAAAAACAACUUUUGUUUCACUGGCAACAAGAAAAUAAUAUAUACUUGUAAAGUGUAAAAUCCCCUGGAGUUUAAAAAGCAAAAAAGUAAUGAAUACAGGUGACGUUAUUGCCAUUUUUUUUACCACUGCGGAAGGACAAUGAAAAACCAAAUGCUAUGUACCGUUUUCAGGUGUUAAAUAAAUUUGAAAAACGACAGCCGAAGUGUCUUGUUGUUCUGACCACCAGGAGAAAAAGGAAUCAUUGUUCUUAAAAAAAAAAAACCAGAGAGAGAAAGUGUCAUCGGGAAAGUAAAAUGAGAGAGAGACAGGGGUUAAACUUCAUUUUGAAAUCUUUAAGGCUACCUCAGAAACAAUCCAUGUUACCUAGGGCGUGUGCAAACACCAGGACAGGUUUUACACUCCAAAAAAAAAAAAGAAAUAAUUAAGCAGGUGACAGCUGCAAAGGUGCUAUUUCUUCAUGAGGUCCCGCAAGCAGUGUAUGAUAAAAAUAUAUUUUUAAGAUAUAUAUUAUUUUCACAGAACGCUUACAGGACCUUUGGUGCUAGAUGAACAAAUCCGUGUCUCGCUGUCAAAGAGGAAUAAUUGUGUGUUUUUUUAAAGGUGUUAACUUGAAAGCUCUACAGCCGAGUUGGAGAACUGAGACAUUACUGUAGACCCAGUGAAUGCAUUCCUGUCUUCUGUAGAUUAAGCAGGUGGAUUUUGUCUCUUGUCUGUUCCUCCCCCAGUUGUUCUUAUUCCCCCCCCCCCAAAAUGCCCCCCCACUUCUCCAUUGCCCCAUGGCUUCCUGCGGUCCACCCCCCCUUUCUACCUUCACUUUUGUUUUGUUUUUUUUUGUUUGUUUUUCCUCUCUAGUCGAAAGGUUUCAAAAGUGAAAACAGGAAAAAAAAAUCAAAUUCCGAGAAGCAGACACACUUUGGGGGGGUAAAACAAAAGGAUCUGUACCUAUUUUGUAUAUGUAUAAUAAUUUGAGAUGUUUUUAAUUAUUUUGAAUGCUGAAAUAAAGCAUGUUAAGUGGUCUACCUAA